CUCAAGCUAAAGGGAAAAGGAGAUAUUGUUGUACAAGAAAUUACUCUUUGGCCCCUUAACUCCUUGAACGGCCUCGGUUUGGAUAGAGCCAAUCAAGAAUGACAGAUUAGUGUAGUACUCAUAUAUUUGUUGAAAAUCGUUUUAGCCAUGGCUUCAACAGUGAGCAUUCAAGGAUCAUGCAUCGUCAAAAAUUCUUCAAAUUCCUCCAAUGCCCAGACUGAGCAGCAGCUAAAGCAGGUGUUUUUACAGUUACCCAUUUCAAGACGAUCUGUAAUUCUCAUCUCUGUGUUGCCCCUGAGCCUCAAUUUGGUUCCUCAACCAUCCAUGGCUAGAGAGAGACGCAAUAAGAAGAACAUCCCUCUUGAAGACUAUCAAACUACCUCUGAUGGAUUGAAAUACUAUGAUAUUCUUGAAGGAAAAGGUCCUGUAGCUGAAAAGGGCUCCACUGUACAGGUACAUUUUGACUGUGUAUAUCGUAAUAUUACUGCGGUUUCAAGUCGAGAAUCUAAACUGUUGGCUGGAAAUCGUAUCAUUUCACAGCCUUACGAGUUCCAGGUUGGAGCUCCUGCAGGGAAAGAGCGGAAACGUGAUUUUGUGGACAAUCCAAAUGGCUUAUUUUCUGCUCAAGCAGCCCCAAAACCUCCAAAAGCAAUGUAUACAAUAACUGAAGGAAUGAAAGUUGGAGGAAAGAGGACUGUGAUCGUUCCUCCAGAAGCUGGAUAUGGCUCAAGGGGAAUGAAUGAGAUUCCGCCAGGGGCUACAUUCGACCUGAAUAUUGAACUAUUAGAAGUAAAGUCACCAGAACGGAAGCAAUAGGUGCCGGACGGUGCCAUAUGUUUUGCCAUCCCUCUUUUUCAUUGUUGUAAUCGUUUUGUUUUCUCUCAUUAACACCAAACGUUAUGGAAUCAAUAGCAGUUCCCACUUACCCUUUGCGUAUUGGUUAAAAGUGGAAGCGCCUCACCAACAUGGGUCAACUCCUCUCGUCAACAUUUCUCAUGAUUUUUGCUUCCUCUUUUUUCAUGCUUCUUCAUUUGUAUGUAGAUUUUUACUUCUUUGACUUCCCAUGUUACUUGUUACUACAUUUUUUAGAGAGACAUUACACUAUCUUGACAUUGAGAAACCAUGUUAUGUCGGAUGAGAAAGUAAAAUAACAUUUUUUUCCUCA